AUGUCUGAACAAUCAGUUAGUAUCACACAAUUACUUGAUACAUUUCAAUUAUUUGAUAAGAAUAAAGAUGGUUCUAUUAGUUCAAGUGAACUUCGAUCAGCAUGUGAAAAAUUACAUAUGCCAAUUAAUGAAAUAAAAAUGAAAGAAUUAUUUCAAAGUCGUUCUAGUAUAUCAUUUGAUGAAUUUUGUCGUAUAAUGCAAGAUUAUGGUCAAUAUGCACAUGAUGCUUAUUUUCAAGAAACAUUUCGUGCAUUUGACAGAAAUUCUGAUGGAUAUAUAACAGCUAAAGAAAUAAAAAAGACUAUGAAAGAUCUUGGUGAACCACUAACUGAUAAGCAAGCCAAAGAUAUGCUUAAAACAGCUGAUGUAAACGGUGAUGGAAAAUUAUCUCAAGAAGAAUUUCGUAUUCUAUUUGAUUAUAUAACACAACAUACUACAACUCCACCAAUAACACCAAAUUAUGAUAAAAAACGAUCAUUAGAUAGUCCAUUUAAAACACAAACUGAUUAA